UCCCUUCAAAUUCACCUCCUCCCUUCCGACCCUUCCACCACAAUUUCCUCUCCAAAUCUUCCUUCUCCUUUCUAUAUUGAACCGGAUAAUUAUUCACGGAUACAACACCGAUACGAAUCCGAUUUCCUGAUUUCGCUUUGUUUUUCUGAUUUGAUUUUGGAUUGUUUCGCACGAAAAAUUUCAUAUAGCUAUGGCGCAGAGAACGGAGAAGGAGGAGACGGAGUUCAAGGUUGUACCUGAAUCCAUCACGCUGUGCGUCAAGUGCGGCGUUGCAAGCAAUUCCGCGGCGAAUAAUUUAUGCCAGAAAUGUUUUAUCGGCGCGGCGGCGGCGGCGGCCACAGCAACGUCGCCGAGGAGUAGCGUUAUUGGAGAGAAAUCCUUCAGAUCUGAGAGGUCUUCUGUAGAUGAAAGCCUUAAUCUACCGGAGACGAGCGGAGAUCUGAAGGAAGAGGUGGAUACGGCGUCGGUUGAGCCGCAGGUGAAGAGACAGGUAAAUCGGUGCUCCUGUUGUCGAAGGAAGGUCGGUUUGACCGGAUUCAGGUGUCGGUGCGGCGAGCUGUUCUGCGGCGAGCAUCGCUACUCCGACCGCCAUGACUGCAGCUAUGAUUACAAAACAGCAGGUCGCGAGCUGAUCGCCAGGGAGAAUCCUUUGGUGAAGGCUGCGAAGAUCGUCAAAAUCUGAACCGACAGAGAAAAAUUACGAACGGUUCUGUGCUCCGAUACAUAUAGGGAAGAUAAUCGAGGCGAUUAUUCUCCAUAUAUGUGGAAGAAACUGAAGCUUGGUAUAUGAAAAAUUGGACGGUCACUGUGUCGUUGCAGCGAUCGUCUUCGCCGGAGAAGACGUGUGUUUGUCGCCGGCGGAACCUUCACGCGCGUGGUGUUUUCAUUUAUUUUUAAUUUUUAUUUUCUUAAAUUUCUAUAAAAAGUAGAUGAUUGUUGUUGUUGCCGAAAUUAUGAAAUUGCUCUAUUUUCUUAA